CGUUUAUUUACAUUUUACAAUUAUGCAUUGCAAUUGAACGUUUUUUCAUAGUUGUUACGCGUUCUCACCACGCAGGUCUCAGACUACUUAACAAAAAUAGCUGUUCCCGAAUCAUUUAAAUUUUGAAAAUUCGUACUAAUUUACUAGGACAUGAACGGUUUGCGAUUAUUCAGACGGCUAGUCAGCGGCGUAUCCACCCGCUCAAACAAGAACGAACGUGCUAUCGUCGUCACUGAUGAUGCGUCUACCAUAGUGUGUUAUCAUCCAGAGAGUACUUUUCCAUACGAAUUCAGCAAACCGCUACCAGUCAACAAGGUACAGGAUAACUCGGUUUUACGAGUUCAAAACAAAGAAUUUGUGCACGAAGUAUUCAGUAAGCCCAAUAAUGAAAUAGUGCAACAAGAACUAAUGAAAAUGACGUACACCACCAAACACCGUUGGGUACCACCCAAGAAAUGGAAAAGAAAGUUUGCUCAUCAAAAACUUGUAGACAGAGAAUAUUUAUAAUUUGAUAUAAUUAUGUUUAUUAUUUUUAAAAGUGAAAUAGCUCAUGUUUUUUUUAGUAUAAGAGUACACACUAAAAUGUUAUAAUGAUUUUGUUGAAUAAAAAUUGUGUAAUA